GAUAACCCCGCAGAGAGUUAUUAGGCUUUUGAUUUCUUCCACAAUCCACCAGAUUUCUGUUAAGUCUUCGUCCUCAUCACGCAAAAGCUUGGCAAGUUCCUCUGAAUCGGUUUCCACUCGAUGAGGAAGAGAAGGCGCACGCGACAACUGAUGACGAAGGCCUUCCAACACUGCUUCUGCCUCCAAUCUCUUCACUCCCUGGCAAGACUCCACCAUUUUACAGCCUGCAGAAACGACGUCGCCCCUCCAAUUUCUCAGUACCCAUCCCAGGCCUCCCAGUUGGUGUGUCUCUGACCAAGAAGCAUCUGUAUUAUGCGUCCAAUAAAUGUUGGAGGAGGAACCCAUUUCAGGUUUAGGAAAGGAAUAUACUACAGCUGAGAACGUGAGGAAGAUUCUAAGAUCUCUACCAAAAAGUUGGGAACCGAAAGUGACAGCAAUUCAAGAAGCGAAAGAUCUCUCAAAACUUCCAUUGGAGGAGCUCAUUGGAUCUCUCAUGACGCAUGAGAUAGUCAUGAAAGGUAAUAUGGAAGAGGACGUCAAAAAGAAGAAAAGCUUGGCAUUAAAGUCUACAUCCUUCCAAAGGGCUUCUGAAAGUGAGGAAGAACUAAACGAGGAAGAACUUGCCUACUUAUCCAAGAAGUUCAAGAAGCAUUUCAAGAAGAGACACUUUCCAAAGAAAACCAACAGUCAAGAUGCUAAAGGAGAAAAGAACACUAGAGACAUCAUCAUCUGCUACGAGUGCAAAAAGGCUGGACAUGUAAGAUCUGAAUGCCCUCUACUACGUAAAUCAUCUUCAAGGAGAAACAAGAAGGCUAUGAAAGCUACUUGGGAUGAAAGUGAUGGAGGAAGUGAUUCUGAAAGUGGAGAGGAAGUAGCUAAUCUUUGUUUCAUGGCUUUUGGAGAUGAAGAUGACGACGAAGAGGUAUGUUUGAGAUCAAUAAAGAACAAGUGGUACUUGGAUAGUGGAUAUUCAAAGCACAUGACCGGAGACCACACAAAAUUCACGCACCUAGAAAUGAAAGAUGGAUGA